CUGCGAAUCGUCCGCAACACGAAAGAACUGCACUUCCCAGCAUGCUCAGCGGCCAAACAACAUGGUGGUGCACAGUUUCAGGUGCCGAGGAUUGUUCAGGUUCAAUCUGCAGAGAUGCUGAGCCUCAUCUUUAUCGUUUUACUCUUCACGGGGCGCGUGUCUGCCCCGGAUGCUAAAGUUUCUCAGAAUGAACACAGACACCCCGAGAGCUUCUUCACGUCCAUGUGGCACAACAGACUCUACUUGUACUCAGCUGCUGCUCUGGUCUUUGGGAUCUGGUUCUCCCUGAAGGUGGCCCUGAAGAAGAAGAGCUUCUCCAAGGAUGUUGGUCCGUGGGUCUACAAAUCUGUGCAGAACAACGACCGCUCUGACACUGUGGAGUAUGUGUCAGGAGUUAAAAUCUUCUACGGUUCACAAACUGGAACAGCAAAGGGUUUUGCAAACGAGCUGUUGGAAGAAGUAAAGACUUUGGGAAUACCAGCGGAGGUGACUGACAUGAAAGACUACGAUCCAGAUGAUCAACUUGCUGAUGAGUGCGCCAGUAAGUCAGUCUGCGUGUUCCUUGUGGCCACGUACACUGAUGGACAGCCCACAGAGAACGCAGCGUGGUUCUGUAAGUGGCUGGAGGAGGCGUCCACUGAUUUCCGAUAUGGGAAGACCUACCUCAAAGGCCUCAGAUACGCAGUAUUUGGUCUGGGCAACUCUGUCUAUGAAGGCCACUACAACACGGUGGGUACCAAUGUGGAUAAGUGGCUCUGGAUGCUGAGUGGCAUGCGCGUCAUGACCCGAGGAGAGGGCGACUGUAAUGUGGUGAAAAGCCGUAAUGGCAGCGUCCAGGCCGACUUUCAGGCCUGGAAGGCGAAGUUCCUGAACCGGCUACAGGCCCUGGCCAAGGGAGAGAAGAAGAACUGCAGCCAGGACUGUAAAACUGGAGGCUCCUGUAGGAAUCAGAAAAAAGAUGGACACGUGGUAGAGGAACAGGAGGAGGAGAAGGCAGCUCCGCAGGAUGCCAGCUCCGAGGAAGAACUGAUGGAAUCCAGCAGUGAUGAGGAUGAGACAGCGCUGCAUGAUGAGAAGAAAUCCAGUUCAGUGGUGGACAUGGAGGAUCUGGGCAACAUUAUGAACAGCAUCAAGAAAGCCAAGAGCAAAGAGGAGGGUCGAGUAGGUGGACAGCUGGUGAAGCUAUCGAAGCUGAAUGGAGUGAAGAAGACUGAGGAUGAAGAGGAGAGAAGAGAGAUGAUCACCCCGGCCCUGAGAGAGGCACUGACCAAACAAGGCUACAAACUAAUUGGAAGUCACUCAGGAGUGAAGCUUUGUCGAUGGACCAAGUCUAUGUUGCGAGGGAGAGGAGGCUGCUACAAACACACUUUCUAUGGAAUCGAGUCCCACCGCUGCAUGGAAACGACCCCCAGCCUCGCCUGUGCUAACAAGUGUGUCUUCUGCUGGAGACAUCACACCAACCCAGUGGGCACAGAGUGGCGCUGGAAGAUGGACCCAGCAGAGAAAAUCCUGCAGGAGGCCGUGGAGAAGCACCAGAGCAUGAUUCGACAGUUCAGAGGUGUUCCUGGAGUGAAGCCCGAGCGGUACGAGGAGGGCUUGGCAGUCAAGCACUGUGCCCUCUCCCUGGUGGGCGAGCCAAUCAUGUACCCUGAAAUCAACGCCUUUAUCCGCCUCCUCCACUCCCAACACAUCUCCAGUUUCCUGGUCACAAAUGCACAGUUUCCAGAGGAAAUCAGGAGCCUGGUGCCAGUCACCCAGUUAUAUGUGAGUGUGGACGCAAGCACCAAAGAUAGUCUGAAGAAGAUUGACCGGCCACUUUUCAAGGACUUCUGGCCACGCUUCCUGGACAGCCUCAAGGCCCUAGGAGAGAAGAGACAGAGGACGGUGUACAGACUGACGCUGGUGAAGGCCUGGAACGUGGAGGAGAUGCUGGCGUACUCUGAGCUCAUUUCUUUGGGUCAGCCGGACUUCAUUGAGGUCAAGGGGGUGACGUACUGUGGGGAAAGCUCUGCCAGCACACUGACCAUGGCCAACGUCCCCUGGCACCAGGAGGUGGUCGCCUUCGUCCAGCAGCUCGCCGACAUGCUGCCUCAGUAUGAGAUCGCCUGUGAGCACGAGCACUCCAACUGUUUGCUCAUCGCACACACCAAGUUCAAGGUGGCCGGCGAGUGGUGGACUUGGAUCGACUACGAGCGUUUCCAGGAGUUAGUCCAGGCCGCCGAGGAGAGUGGGGGACGUCAGAGCUUCUCGGCCUUGGACUACAUCGCUAAGACCCCCAGCUGGGCUCUGUUCGGAGCUUCAGAGCAGGGAUUCGACCCGACUGACACACGCUUCCAACGACGCCACAAAACCAAAGACAUCUCAGGAUGCUGAUAGAGAGAGAGAGAGAGAGAGAGAGAGAGGUAGGAUGGACAGAGCGGGUACUGAUUGCAAAAAAAAUAAGCCUCAGUGAUGAUUUUAUUCACAUUCUCUUUGAGCGGACAGUUACUUUUUGCUGGGCACCUUUUUUACGGCUUUCAUUCUGAUCUAAACUUAUAUUCUGUCCCCCUUUUUUUUAUUUCUCUUCAAUUUGGAUCUUUAAUCUUCUCGGCUCCCCCGCCACAAGAUCCACCAGAAGCUGCCAGAAUCAAUUCCCUCUCACUUCUAGACAUUCCCCUUCGCGGUUAUUUUGAACUGCUUCUUUUUGGUUCGUACAUGUUUAUAGAUGUUUCCCUCUCUUUCAGUUUGAAGGAGUCAAUAUUAUAAAUGUUUUUGGAUUGAAUCUUUAUCAUCGUCUGGCAGCACUUGCAGAGAUUUGACACUGUUGAGGUGGAACCUGGUGAUGCCUCCACAUCAUCAGCCUCAUUUCUGAUAUUUUUUAUAGCACAGGACAUGAUUAGCAUGUGAGGAGCGACUCUUUCACUCCCCCCAUCCCCCCGUCUCCUCCGUGGGAGUUGCACAUUUUUCCCAGGCACCUUUUGCUCUUCCACCCACUCAUUAGGACGGUGGCUGCAUUUACUGUGAAGUGAGAGAGGAGCUUCAAAGCUGCAUCUCCACUGGGAGAGUCUCUUUACAGAACAGGCGUCUCACUGCUCUCUUAGUUAUUUCCUUUUUUUUUUUUUUUCCCCUUUUCAAUUGUUGCUCUGCUGCACAUUCAUCCAGUGUCGGCUUUGCUCGGUUUCAAAGCUCAAACCCUGCUUCCACCAUUUGUUCAGGUUUUCUCUCCAUAAGUGGGUUAAAACAAUUAAACAUCAUAAUCAAUGUAUCUGACUUAUUUCGGUAUCUCAAUACUUUAUCAAACACUGCUUGAUAAAGUAGGGAUGGAUGUCAGUCUCAGGAAAACAAAGCCAUCAGAAGCUGCUUUCAGUCAUGCACCAACAUUUUCCUGAAAUUUUCCAAAUACCUGAGUGGCUCCAGAUAUUUUUUAGCCCCAGAGUAAAAUGUCCAUAAAAUGUCUGAGGGAGUUCAUUUGGGAUGGUUGGGAGGUUUGUAACAUGAGACGGACGCAACACUUAAAAAAAAAAAAAGAA